AUGGACACCGGCACAAGUAACUCGAAUGCCCGUGGAUUGUUCGAGAUCCAGCCCUCCCUCGAGGAGGUGGUCAGCGACUUUGAGGAAAGCAAGUACCAGAACGCCGAACUGCCCCUUUCGUACAACGGCAAGUCGCCGAACGAUGAUAUCUUCAAGACCAACCAGCUGAUGAGUUCGUUCCAGCAGAUUUUGAAAAACAUUUUCAAACUGCUUUUUGAGGCCACAAACAACCCGAGCCAACAUCCUAAAUUGCACAAGUUCCUACAGCACGUGAUUGGGUUCAAUUCCGUGGAUGACGAGUUCAAACCGGCGAAUCCACUGUUCGAUAGGGACGCCAAGGGCGAGGCCGGCCCAGUGCAGCAUUUAGUGUGCGAUUAUCUGAUGGCGAUAAAUGAAUAA